AUGUUAUCAUUUAUUCUUUUGUGUAUUGUUGUAUUUCUCAUUAUUUAUUUAAUCUAUAAUCGUUUUUGUUAUUUUUCUAAUCGUUCAAUACCUUAUCCACCUAUUCCAUCAAUAAUAUUUGGUCAUUUAUCUGACUUAUGGUCAGCUCGUUCAUAUUCUGAACAACUGCAUAAAUGGGCACUUAAAUAUGGUUCGAUCUAUGGAAUAUUUGAAGGUAUUCAUCCUGUUUAUAUUGUAUCUGAUGUUAAAAUAAUUCAAGAAAUAUUUGUAACACAAUUUCAUCGUUUUUAUGGUCGACGAACACAAUUAUCAAAUCGAAUAUUAGGUCAAGAACGUCUUCAUGUUUUUGCAACUAAUUCAAAUGAUCAAUGGAAAAGACAAAGAAAUAUAUUAAAUCCAGCAUUUAGUACAUCAAAAAUAAAACGAUUAAUACCAAUUAUGGAUUUAUCUAUCGGUGUUUUUAUGGAAAAAUUAUCAUUAAAAAACAAUGAAAAAGUUAUUAAUAUUUUAGAUUUUUACAAACGUUUAACAAUGGAUAUGAUUUGUCGUUGUGCAUUUGGUAUUGAUACACAAAUACAAUAUGAUAUUGAUAAUAAAAAUAUUUAUAUGAAAAAAGUUCAAGAAGUCUUAGAAAAAGAUUUUGAACGGUCAUUUUUAGCACGAAUCCAUCGAAUUAUGCCUUUUCCUUUCUUAGCCAAUUUAUGUUCACUUUUAUUUCGUCUUCAACAUAUUUUCGAACAUGAAAAAUCUUCAUUUCCAGCUAAUUUUUGGCUUAUUAAUCAUAUGCAUCAAUUUAUUCAACAAAGAUUUGUUCAGAAAAAGCAUCAUGAAUCAACAAAUGAUCUUCUUCAAUUAAUGAUUGAUGCUGUUCAAUCCGAUAAAGUCAGUUUAUUAAUAAUUAAUUUUACCAAACAAAAGAAAUUGGAAGAAUUUAAAUAG